UUGUCCCACCCCUGGGGCCGUCCGCUAGGCGCGCACCCAUCUUUUGCUUGCUCUCGGCCCUGCCACUCCCUCAUCAGCCCAAACAGUUGUUUACAACGGAAUUGGGACGCUGGGAUGAGUGACCCCGGCUGCCAAAGGAAGUGAUUCCCAGCGUCGGAAAGUGAAUAAACUCAAUUAAGAAUGUCUGAAAACCUUGACAAGCCUAACAUAAAUGAAGCAGGAAAAUCAGAUGAUUCUGAGCAAGACCUCGAAGGAGCUGUGGAAGGUUCUGAUGAAGCUUUACAGAAAAGAAUAAAGCCGGGCUCUCCUAGCCCCCUGGAAAGAGUGCAAAGACCUCACUCUAGUCCUCCUCGAUUUGUGACAGUAGAAGAACUCCUGGAGACAGCAAAAGGCGUCACCAACAUGGCUCUAGCCCAUGAAAUCGCACUAAAUGGAGACUUUCGGAUUAAACCAGUUCAGUUACCAGAAGACAGCUUGGAGAAGAGAGUAAAGGAUAUUGUACAUAAAGCUUUUUGGGAUUGUUUGAGUGCCCAGCUAAGUGAAGACCCCCCAACAUAUGACCAUGCCAUCAAACUGGUAGGAGAGAUCAAACAGACACUCUUAUCUUUCUUGCUGCCUGGUCACAGUAGACUGAGAAACCAGAUCACGGAAGUCUUGGACCUGGAAUUGAUCAAGCAGGAAGCAGAGAAUGGGGCCCUAGACAUUUCCAAGCUGGCAGAAUUUAUUAUUGACAUUAUGGGGACACUGUGUGCACCUGCUCGAGAUGAGGAAGUAAAGAAACUGAAGGACAUUAAGGAAAUAGUGCCUCUUUUCAGGGCAAUUUUUUCUGUGUUAGACCUAAUGAAAGUGGACAUGGCGAACUUUGCUGUCAGUAGCAUUAGGCCACAUCUCAUGCAGCAGUCAGUUGAAUAUGAAAGGAAGAAAUUUCAGGAAAUUUUGGAGAAGCAACCAAAUUCCUUGGACUUUGUCACCCAGUGGUUAGAAGAAGCCUCAGAUGACCUUAUGAAUCAGAAGUAUAAAAAUUCCCUGCCAGCCGGGGAAGGAGCUGCUGGCUCUGGGGAUGCUACCAUGCCGAGUCCUGUUGCUGUCCAGAAUUAUGCCUACCUGAAGCUUCUAAAAUGGGACCACCUCCACAGACCUUUCCCUGAAACAGUUUUGAUGGACCAGUCUCGCUUCCAAGAGCUCCAGCUCCAGCUGGAGCAGCUUACCAUCGUGGGGGCUGUGUUGCUGGUCACAUUCAACAUGGCAUCUCCAGGAAUUUCCAGCCACGCUGAGUUUACUGAGAAACUCAAGAUGAUUGUCAAGAUUCUGCUGACAGAUAUGCAUCUGCCCUCCUUCCAUUUGAAGGAUGCCCUGACUACCAUCGGGGAGAAGGUCUGCGUGGAGGUGAGCAGCUGCCUUUCCCUGUGUGGGUUCACCCCUUUCACCACAGACCAGGAGACCGCGCUCAAGGGUCAGAUCCAGGCCGUGGCCAAUCCGGAAGACCCCAUUCGCAGGAUCAUGGAUUCCCGAAUCCUGACCUUCUUAGAAAACUACCUUGCCUCAGGGCAUCAGAAGCCAUUUCCUACAGUACCUGGUGGAUUGGGUCCAGUUCAGAAAGAGCUGGAGGAAGUUGCUAUUAAAUUUGUUCGCCUGGUCAACUAUAACAAGAUGGUCUUCAGUCCCUACUACGAUGCAAUCCUCAGUAAGACCCUCGUCAGAUCCUAACCUGUGUGCUCCUUACAGCAGUAUUAUUCACUCGGCUCAGAAUACCUGUUCCCAACUAUAGUGUUGCUUUGGAAAAUGACUAUUUAGUACAUUUCUAUUUAAUGGCACUGAUUCCAAAGGGAAGAAUAGUGUGUAUUACUGUUGAAAAGACAUAUUGAAACAUGCCCUGAAUUCUAUUUUGUGGGGUUGUAUUUAUGAGUGCAAGUUUACAAAUCAACGAAGCUUUUUGUUAUCUUGAGUUUUACAGGUAACACUCAGCUUUCAACCUGUUGACUACCUAGGUAUCUUCACUCCCUACUCUUACCAUGGUUGUAGCAGCCAUGUCUCUCCAGGGAUACUGGAAUGUCUCUCUUCUGCAGUCUGGAUAGAUGUUCCUUCAGAUACCCUAUACUGACAGCUACCCAAGAAUAAAACCAAGCCAUGACUUUUUGCCCUUCUCUCACACAGCCCUCCACUCCUCAUCCUUCCAGAUAUUUUGUGUUUGAAGGGCUAUCCAGUCUAACUGCUCUUUUUUUUUUCCCUUUCUAUUAGUGCUUCCUCUGUGUCUGGCCUAGCCAGGACCCUAGAGCUUGUGCUGAUUCUUUUGCCCUUGAGGAGAAUUAUUUGAUUAUAAAAAAUUUAUUCUUUUAUACAAAAUGACUCGCGGGCCUGGGUGGUAGCAGUUACGACUUACGAGAGCUAGAGAAAGGAAAUAAUCUUUGACUUUUAAGCAUUGAAAGUUAAGGAGGAAACUUUUACAUAUAUAUACAUAUAUGUUGUUAUCGUUGUUAGGUACCAUCAAGUCGAUUCUAACUCAUAGUGACCCUGUGUACAACAGAACAAAACACUGCCCGGUCUUGCGCCAUCCUCACAGUCAUUGCUGCGUUUGAGUCUAUCUUGUAGCCACUGUGUCCGUGCAUCUCUUUGAAGGUCUUCCCCUUUUUCGUGGACCCUGUACUUUACCAAGCAUGAUGUCCUUCUCCAAGGACUGGUUGCCUCCUGAUAACAUAUCAAAGCAAGUGCGACUCACUGGCCUUGCAUCCAAAGAGCAUUCUGGCUGUACUUCUUUCAAGACAGAUUUGUUCCUUCUUCUGGCAGUCCAUGGUAUAUUCAAUAUUCUUCACCAGCACCAUAAUUCAAAGGCAUCAAUUCUUCUUUGGUCUUACUCAUUCAUUGUCCAGCUUUGACAUGCAUAUGAGGCAGUUGAAAACAACAUGGCUUGGGUCAGGUGCACCUUAGUUCUGAAGGUGACAUCUUUGCUUUUUAAUGCUUUAAAGCGGUCUUCUGCAGCAGAUUUGCCUGUUGCAAAUAUACAAAAAGACAAGUGUCUGAGAUUUUUAUUGAAAAAUUCACGCUGAUACAAUACACAGAUGUGUUAAUUGAAUUAUAUUUCUGGAACAUAGAUUUAAGUGUUUUUAGGCAAAAUAGCCCAAACUCAUUAAUCUUUUGGAUAAGAAAGUCAUUAAAAAUCCUGGGUUUUGAGCAAUAUUUAUUGGAGGAACCUCAGGGACCAGAAUCUCUGGCACCUCCUGUGACUGUGAAAGAGUAGUUUGGGCCUCACAGAUGAUCUGUUCUGUUAAAACAAUAAAAUUGCGUGUGUGUAGGGGGUGGGUGUUUUCGACAGGGCAUUAUGUUAGAAACAGCCAUGAAGUUAUUGGAGUGAUCUCCAAUUCCUAGGACAGUGAGGAGUAAAGCACUGCAAGGAAACCCUUCACUAAAGGUGACGGGUGAGGUGGGGCACACUCACUCUGUAGACCAUCUAGCACUACCAGGCACGAAUGGUUUUAUUAGGGCGAAAUGUGCUUUCUCUAAAUACCUGCUACAAACUGCUCUGAUGGCAUUGCGCACUUGUAAGCAGAAAUGUAUGCUGCAUUUAUUGACCAGCACAUAAAGGUUUUUGGACAAGAAGCUAAAAGAAACUUGGAAGCCAUUUCGUAAUGUCCUCAGGAAGGCCAGCAGCUGUCCCUGGGCAGGAAGGGGAAGGCCACAUUUCCCUGCAGGGAGUUGUGCUGUCUGUCCUAAGGUUUAAGGAACGGAGUGAUACUGAUUUUUGGAGGAAGACUUGAAGAACCAUGUUGGUUGUACCUUAGAGGGUAGGUACUGCAGUAGGACUGAUCAGAGGGAGGAAAGCAGCUACUCCAGGGGAAGGAUGUCAGACCUAGUAGUAUCAGAAUAAGUUCUGUUUUGGAAUUUUUAAGACUUUUGAUGUUCCCAGUGUUUAUACAAAGGACUUGGAUCUGGCUGUAGGAGCCCAGGUAGGGAUUAUAUGUAAACAGAUCAGCUAUUAAAUUAGUUCUAAUCUUAUGAUAUGGUAAAUUUAAGGAAAAAAAAAAGGAACCAGGUAUAUCUUUAGGUCCUGUGUUGUUCUCUGGCAGAAAACCCCGGAGAAU